AUGGAUAAUCGUUGUCAGACCAAAGUGGUGGAAAAUUUACCCGUGGAGUUGCUUAUAGAGAUUUUUAGUCUCAUCGUACCGGUUGAUUAUUUGAAGGUUUGGAGGGAUAACUUUCAUCAUAACUAUUGGUUAGACGACGACUCGAACUUCUCACGUGAUCUGUUGAUUGCGGCCGAGGUUCAAAAGGAAAUCUUACGUUUGACUUGUAAAAAAUGGAACGCUAUUUUAAUUGAAUUACUAUGCGAGAUGAAUCUCGAUCUUCGCAAGACAAACACUCAGGGGUUGGAAGAUCGUUACAUUCGCCCUCAUAACUUGCAAAAGCUCAGCGUGAUUUAUAGCCGCUCCUUGUAUAAAGGAUGGCAGGAUACAGGGAUCGAUCAAUGGUUAAAUAAUAGUGAUUUGUCGUGCUUACAAUCAUUGACCUUACAAGAUUGCUCGGAUCUUACGAUUGAAGGGUUAUUGAACAUUAACGAACAACUUACUGAACUAAAGAUCGUAAAAUGUUCCAAGAUUGAUGAUUCAUUCCUUACCCUGACUUUGGGAAAGUUUAGGAAUUUGUCAACUUUAAUGAUUCAUAUCGAUCAACCCUUACCAUCCGGUUUGAUCGAAGAAUAUUUACCAAACCUAAACACAUUAAGCUUGCUGAUUUCUUGUCAAAAUUAUAAGGAUACAGCAUCAAAUUCAAGUGACAAGUUGGAAUCAGCAGGUCUGACUAAAGCCAUUAGAACCGAUAGUUUUCCAAGUCAAAUCAAAGUUUUGAUUUUAGCUCAAGACUUGUUAGAAUAUCAUCAUCGUAUCUUGUCAAGCGAAGAUUAUGACGUGAUCGGCGGAACUUCGUUAAACAUCACGCAUCAAUUGAUACUGGAUGAACAAAGUUCGUUUCCUAAAUCAUUGAAGCGAUUUGACGUUUCCCGAUGUUCUUUUGUGGAUGAUGUGUUUGCUUUACCUUCGACCCUUACACACCUUACCGUUAGCUACCCUUCCCUACCAAUAAAUUACGAGAACCUUAAAUUACCGUCCACGUUAGAAUAUCUCAAAAUUUCCGGUUUCGUAUAUCAUCUCGCAUAUGAUUGCGAAUCUCAAUAUACCUAUCAAUUGUACGGUGACCGAUGGAUUCAAAUCCUACCGGAUUCUGCAGCUUCAUUGCACACUCUUAUACUUCACUUAUAUACCGAUAGUCCAGAGAACCUGUUCUCGAUCAUCAGCGAUCGGUACGCAAGGAGUUUACGCCACCUGGACUGUUGUAUCUUCCUGUCUUGUUUCGCUGGUUUGGAAGAUUCGUGCACGUGUGAGGUUGAGACUUGCUCCCUUGGGGAAUGUCAUCGGCGCACCAUGAUUCGUUCUCUGACGAAUCUCCGCGAAUUAAAACUUCAUAAUGAAGUUGAGGAUCAAGAUAUCGAACAAUUACCAGUUUCCCUAAAGGAACUUUGGUUACAUCCGGGUUAUAAGCAACGCGUGAGCGCGUCAUCAUUGCGUCUCACUGAUAAAAAGGGGAUCACGAUUGAAGAAUUACCCAGUGGGUUAUUUGGGUGCGCCGAAGCUAGAAAGACAUGUCAUUGCAUUAUGUUUAAACCAGGUAAAGGGUCAUUGUAA